CUUCUUCAUUCUCUUGCCUUUGCCCCGUUUCCCUCUUCUCCUCUCUUCCCCCUUUGGACUCAUCCAAGUAAACCACUAUCUGAACCAAAUAUAACUACUAACAACACUGAAAAAACAAAAAUCAGGGCGCCAAUUAUCUUGGGCGUUUGAAUCAAUCUAUUUGAACUGUUAAAAAAAAAAAAGAAACUCAAAUUUAAUUUUGUUGAAUCAAUAUGGAUACGGAAGAAGAAUAUGAGCAACAAUACAAUAAUGAUGAUGAUGAAGAGGAAAUAACCCAAGAGGAUGCUUGGGCUGUCAUCAGUGCUUACUUUGAAGAAAAGGGGCUUGUCCGACAGCAACUGGAUUCAUUUGAUGAGUUUAUUCAGAACACUAUGCAAGAAAUUGUGGAUGAAUCUGCUGAUAUUGAGAUCCGACCCGAAUCCCAGCAUAACCCCGGUCACCAAUCUGACUUUGCUGAGACAAUAUACAAAAUCAACUUUGGUCAGAUUUAUUUGAGUAAGCCAAUGAUGACAGAGUCAGAUGGCGAAACUGCUACCUUGUUUCCAAAGGCUGCAAGGUUGAGGAAUCUGACAUACUCUGCACCACUGUAUGUGGAUGUUACAAAGAGAGUCAUCAAGAAAGGGCAUGAUGGUGAAGAAGUUACUGAAACUCAGGACUUCACAAAAGUCUUCAUUGGAAAGGUUCCUAUAAUGCUUCGGUCAAGUUACUGCACAUUAUAUCAAAAUUCAGAGAAAGAUCUAACAGAGCUUGGAGAAUGUCCAUUAGAUCAAGGUGGGUACUUCAUUAUCAAUGGAAGUGAAAAGGUCCUAAUUGCUCAGGAGAAGAUGAGCACCAAUCAUGUGUAUGUAUUUAAGAAGAGGCAACCCAACAAGUAUGCGUUCGUUGCGGAAGUCAGGUCAAUGGCAGAAUCUCAAAACCGCCCGCCGAGUACUAUGUUUGUGCGGAUGCUCUCAAGAACUAGCGCGAAAGGGGGUUCCUCGGGCCAAUACAUUCGGGCGACACUUCCAUAUAUCCGGACAGAGAUUCCUAUCAUUAUCGUGUUUCGAGCUCUAGGUUUUGUGGCUGAUAAGGAUAUAUUGGAACAUAUUUGUUAUGAUUUCAAUGAUACUCAAAUGAUGGAGUUGUUGCGUCCGUCUUUGGAAGAAGCUUUUGUUAUACAAAACCAACAGGUUGCUCUUGACUACAUCGGGAAGAGAGGGGCUACAGUUGGUGUUACAAGGGAAAAGAGGAUAAAGUAUGCCAAAGAGAUUCUUCAGAAAGAAAUGCUUCCUCAUGUUGGGAUUGGAGAGUAUUGUGAAACAAAGAAAGCUUAUUAUUUUGGGUAUAUCAUCCACCGGCUUCUGUUGUGUGCACUUGGCCGAAGGGCUGAGGAUGAUAGGGAUCACUAUGGAAAUAAGAGACUGGAUCUUGCUGGUCCUUUGCUUGGUGGCCUGUUUCGAAUGCUUUUUAGAAAGUUGACAAGGGAUGUUAGAGCCUAUGUUCAGAAGUGUGUUGACAAUGGAAAAGAUGUAAACCUACAAUUUGCAAUCAAAGCUAAAACCAUUACCAGUGGGCUGAAAUACUCUCUUGCUACUGGAAACUGGGGGCAAGCUAAUGCAGCGGGUACAAGAGCUGGUGUUUCACAGGUGUUGAAUCGUCUGACUUAUGCUUCUACUUUGUCUCACUUGCGAAGGUUGAACUCCCCUAUAGGACGAGAAGGGAAACUGGCCAAACCAAGGCAAUUGCAUAAUUCACAAUGGGGAAUGAUGUGUCCUGCAGAAACACCAGAAGGUCAAGCAUGUGGGCUGGUGAAGAAUCUAGCCUUAAUGGUUUAUAUAACAGUUGGUUCAGCGGCAUAUCCAAUUCUGGAGUUUUUGGAAGAGUGGGGUACUGAGAACUUUGAGGAAAUUUCUCCUGCCGUUAUUCCACAGGCUACAAAGAUCUUUGUCAAUGGUACCUGGGUGGGAAUUCAUCGCGAUCCUGACAUGUUGGUGAGAACACUCAGACGACUUAGGAGAAGGGUUGAUGUCAAUACUGAGGUCGGGGUAGUUCGUGAUAUCCGUUUGAAAGAACUUCGAAUUUAUACCGACUAUGGGAGGUGCAGUCGUCCAUUAUUUAUUGUGGAAAAGCAAAGGCUGCUGAUCAAGAAGANAGUUACUUACAUAUUCAGUUUCUUUUUUCAGGAAUCACCUGAAGAGGGUGGCUGGCAUGAUCUGGUGGCUAAGGGAUACAUCGAGUACAUUGACACUGAAGAAGAAGAAACAACGAUGAUUAGCAUGACUAUAAAUGAUCUUGUGCAAGCACGCCUUAAUCCUGAGGAAGCUUAUUCUGAUACCUAUACCCAUUGUGAGAUUCACCCGUCACUAAUAUUGGGUGUUUGUGCAUCAAUUAUUCCGUUUCCUGAUCAUAAUCAGUCUCCCCGUAAUACUUAUCAGUCAGCUAUGGGUAAGCAAGCCAUGGGGAUUUAUGUUACCAACUACCAAUUUCGGAUGGACACAUUGGCCUAUGUGCUUUAUUAUCCUCAGAAGCCUCUUGUCACAACACGGGCCAUGGAACACUUGCAUUUCAGGCAACUGCCUGCGGGCAUCAAUGCAAUUGUUGCCAUUUCCUGCUACUCUGGAUACAAUCAGGAGGAUUCUGUCAUUAUGAAUCAGUCAUCGAUUGAUCGUGGAUUUUUCCGAUCGCUAUUUUUCCGCUCAUACAGGGAUGAGGAAAAGAAGAUGGGGACAUUGGUCAAGGAGGACUUUGGACGUCCUGAUAGAGCUUCUACUAUGGGUAUGCGGCAUGGUUCUUAUGAUAAGUUGGAUGAUGAUGGUCUUGCCCCUCCGGGAACUAGAGUUUCUGGUGAGGAUGUAAUCAUUGGGAAGACAACUCCCAUUUCUCAAGAUGAUGCACAAGGGCAAGCCUCUCGCUAUACAAGGAAAGAUCACAGUACCAGUCUCCGCCAUAGUGAAACUGGAAUGGUAGAUCAGGUUCUAUUAACAACAAAUGCUGACGGGCUCAGAUUUGUUAAAGUAAGGGUUAGAUCAGUCCGCAUUCCUCAAAUUGGGGACAAGUUUAGCAGUAGGCAUGGUCAGAAGGGAACAGUUGGCAUGACGUAUACACAAGAAGAUAUGCCAUGGACUGUGGAAGGCAUUACUCCUGAUAUCAUUGUGAAUCCUCAUGCUAUUCCUUCUCGAAUGACUAUCGGUCAGCUGAUUGAGUGUAUUAUGGGAAAGGUUGCCGCACACAUGGGAAAAGAAGGUGAUGCCACUCCCUUUACAGAUGUUACUGUGGAUAACAUCAGCAAAGCUUUGCAUAAAUGUGGAUACCAGAUGCGUGGUUUUGAGACCAUGUACAAUGGUCACACUGGGCGGCGGCUUAGUGCAAUGAUAUUCCUUGGUCCCACGUACUACCAGAGACUGAAGCACAUGGUUGAUGACAAGAUUCAUUCUAGAGGCAGAGGCCCUGUGCAAAUCCUCACAAGGCAGCCUGCGGAAGGUCGGUCACGUGAUGGUGGUCUUCGUUUCGGGGAAAUGGAGCGAGAUUGUAUGAUUGCUCACGGUGCUGCUCAUUUUCUCAAAGAGCGGUUAUUUGACCAAAGUGAUGCAUAUAGAGUUCAUGUUUGUGAGCGGUGUGGGCUGAUUGCUAUUGCAAACCUCAAGAAGAAUUCUUUCGAAUGCAGAGGCUGCAAGAACAAGACUGAUAUUGUCCAGGUCCACAUUCCAUAUGCAUGCAAGUUGCUUUUCCAGGAGCUAAUGGCUAUGGCUAUAGCUCCAAGAAUGCUUACAAAGGAUGUCAAACAAGCCAAAGAUCAAAAGAAAAAAGGAGCUUGAUUAAUUUGGCUAUACGGAGAAAAAAUUGCCUGCUAGAAAAGUCCCCCCUGUUUUAUAGAUUUAAAAUCCUACUUUAUGAGCAGUCAGUUUUGCAUCCACAAUAUGAGGAUCAACUUCUUAUGUGUUUUAGAAUGUUUGUAGAUUAACAUGUCAUCGUAUAUCUAAUGAGAACAAGAGACACUUAUGGACCUCAGUACAGAGAUUACAAAGUUAUGGUUUGGGAGUAAUUCUCGCAUGUAAAGUAGAACACUUAUGUCUGAGGUUUCUAUUCGGAAAAUUCUUUUCUUUUUGUUAUUUUCUUA